UCUUAAGUCACGAUCUACUUCCAUUCGAUCUGUCUCGUGAAUAACUGUUAACGGGUGAUUCCGUGGCCCAACGAGUGUUGAGCUCGACGUCUGUCUAAUCGGCUCGGUCGUUUGAAAGGUGUUUUUCGGAGUCUUCGGCAUACGACUGUUCGUUCGGUGAGCUUCUGAAUUGUAGGCUGUUCGAUCGGAGUGAUUCUGAGUUGUAGAUCUGGUCGUCUGAGUGUUGAGUAGUUUCUUUGACACAUACUUCUGUUGAGUUAGCUAGUUUCGGGUGUCGCUUCUGACUCUUCGUUGUUCGUCAAUUCGUACAUCUCUCGUUCAUUUCUGUAUCUUGAGGUCCCUAUGUGAUCAAGUACGAGAGUGAGAUACGAGUGGGUACAGUAACUAAUGGUUUUGUUCUUCGCCGCUUUCUGCUUCUCCUCUCGUCUUGAGUAGCUUGCUAGUGCGAGCCUAAUGGCCUUGUCAUUUUCUGGUUCUCGGGGGUUGGAUGUGAUUGGCUCUAGAUGUAGAUACUCGCAUGGUGAACCGGUACCCUUGGUCGUGUCAGGAACGAGAGUCAGUGCGAGCACACACACCCCAGUGCACUUCCACCAGAGUGCCUAGGGGUGGGACGCCAAGGGCUGAAGCAUCUGCUUGGGAUGGCCUUUUCAAUUAUAUAAUUAUUUGUGUUAUAUUAGUUUAAUUAGGUAUGCUUUGCGAAUUGCGAGUUCGUCUACUUUGCUUGCUCACGAGACAUGGGUGUGAGCGCCGCGUUCAUGUUCAGAUCCCACCUAAGCACAAAGAUCAUCCACCAAACACCUCUCGGACAUCUUCUUACACAUUCUUAGAGAGACACGUAGCAGAACUACCACCAGAACUCAAAUGAUGUGAGUACAACGAACUAGAGUAACGUCUACGAGUUGAUGUUGAGUGAGAUGUCGUUUCAUUCUCUCGAAUUCGGAUCCUCUUCGCUCGUUCUUGUGAAUCUGACGACGAGUGUCGCCCUUGAGGAGUAGUUCUUGCUGGAGUCAGUAUUAGAGAACGAGCGCGAGCCAUAUUUUAUUUGACUGACAGUGACAGCCAAACAGGAAUUCUCACGAGCGGCAUCUCGUAAUUUACAUUUUCCCAUUGUUUGUCCCUCGUUUGUUCCCUCGACGUAUCGCUCUCUGUCUCUCGCUAUCUAUAUCCCUCCUUGUUGUUUCUCAACUCCCCCACGCACACACUUAUCGCACUGACCCUUCUUUAUGUUCACAUUCUUUCAUCCACAUCCUUAUUUCAAACAAACAAAACUCAUAGUUGAAUUUGUCUUUACUCUUUGGAGGAGGAAGUCUGUCCUAAGGCAAUUCUCAACACUAAUCUGAGCGAAGACGACUGUGUUUGUGUUUCGAUAUCUCACUUCAAAUUCGAAAAGAGUUGUUGUAGUUGGUUCUAAGAAACAAACUAUAAUCGACGUCAUCUCAACAUCUUACAUACAAGAAAAAAGAUGAAACAUCAACAUUUCGCCUGAAGCGAAAACGAAUCAAGCGACACUGAACCGGGAGCCUCAAACCGCUUCGAGAACAGCUCUCUUAGGCAGACGAAAAGCCAGAGAAGAGCGGCUACGACGUCAAGAAGUGCAACAUCAAGGAGUAGACGAAGACUCAACAUCAUAUUCCUCAGAUCAAACAAAGGAGAAAAUUAUACAGCGACCAAGACGCCAUAUUGUUACCACACUACUUUGUCAUAAAAGUAAAAAACAUCCACCUACCACAUCACACAACCCUCCUGUACCAAAAUCACAUCAGAGAACAGAGGCAGUUCCCUAUUGUGUUUGUGCAACUACAUAUUCAACAAAACCACAUAUUGCCAAUAACAUUUCUUGGACGGAGAACCAUCAAUAUUGGCCUUCCUAAAUCAAGUCGACAUCUUCUUCUUCAUGAUCCAUCGUACUGUCUUACUACCAGAAGAUACUUCUAGCAGUACUAGUACUACCGAUAAAAGUGGAAGUCCCUCCAUCUUCCGAGUAGCGAAAUCGUAAUCCAACCAGCAAGGUAUUUCCCUUUUUUUUAACUUCGCGCACAUUUACAACUUCUACAAGAAUCACAGCACCUUCAAGUCGAGGAGAACAUCCAUUACUUCGCCAAUCAGAACAAGAAGCGCGAAAUCUAGUAGCUUCUUUUACUUCGUGUUUGUUCUAACACGACGCACAACAAGUAUAUUUGGAACAUCAGCGGACCGCAAAGAUGAAGACAGGUUUCGGAACAACGCCGCCUGCUACCAUGCGGCCUGAAGACCAUCCCUAUAGCGCAGAUAGGUUGGGCCCAGGAAGUGGUGCUAGCAGGAUGGCAGGCUCGCCCGUUCGGAAAGUACCUAGUCCAAGCGAUCUCCCAGGAAGCAAAACGCAGGUCAGCGUAGUAUUAUGGCCAAUUCAUUUUUGUGGAAUGUAUAAUUGAGCCAUCGCUGUACACAGACAGGUCUUUUGUAUUUCGUUGUAGCAAUAAUUCAAUCCUUGUCCUCUGUGUUUGAAAAAGAUAAAGUUAGAGUUACAUCCAGGAGCAUGUCCUUAUUUCCUGGUCUUUUCUCUAAAACACGACGACUUCAGACGAAGCUGGCAUGAUGGAGACAAGAUGCAGCUCUUCUUCACCAAGUACAGAGCUGAGAUUCGCAUCUACGGAAUCUUCGCUUUUGCUAUCUUCGCAAGUUGGGUGCUCAUCUCGGACGGAGAUUUCUCCUUCACGCUCACGCUUGCUAGUUUGGUAUACUCCGUUUUGUUUUACACUUACUAUACGGAAUAUAAAGUAUUUUCGUCCUUUAGUAGUUAUAAUGAUUCAAUCUUCAUCCAGAAAACUACGGCACGCAUUUUUAAGGUGAUAGCGGCGACAGAAAUAUCAUAGUGAUAGCACCAAACAGGAACUUCACCGCAAUACCAAAAACGAUCUUGUUACACACAACCGAAUCCACAGAUAUCUAUGUGCUCGUUUUUGAUGAUGUGCGCGUGGGUGGAGACACACAAGAGUUGCCAGGGCGUAUCCGUGAAAAUGUUAGAGAUCUAUCUUCUGUUACAGUUCGCGCGUCUGUGCGCAGUAAUCCCCUUCGAAGGCUACCUGCCGUUCGACAAAAGCGGAGAUUGGUUGUAUAAUUACCUUCAUUGAUUUUUCUUGUCAAUCAUGUGAUGGAAAUGACGAUGUUCUUCUUGAAGGUCUUAUUGGGAUUCGUCCCUUUGAUAUUGAUCAACACGGGUCGUUUUUACCUACUUACUUGAUAUUUAACAAGUUAGAUGUAUCUGGGGCAGUUUGCAGUUGCAUUUUUGGAGGAUGCGUCCAGCGUUCCUACCUCCACGACCAAAAUCUCUCAUCCCAGCUAUCAAGUCGUCGAAGCCAUGACGUUCUGUUUCGCGGGAAGUAUCGUUUACUUGUGCCGUGUCCAGUACCCAGAAACCUACGCCUCCGAAAUGGACACUUUCGAUACUAGGUAGAACGUCAACAUCCCUUAUUGCAUCCAUCAUGCCGUAACUCAUUCAAUUUUGAAUGCAGUUUUUCUGAAACUAAUAUGUCUUUGACGUCAGUGUUUGAUCUUCUAUGAACCUACUUGUUCACUGACGCUGACAUCACCAUCGAUCCUUAGUAAAGUGUCGUUCUCCGACUGCAAAAAUUCCGUGCCGACCCAGGUUUCUUAUUGCACCAGCGCUAGUGCUAUCGCUCGUUCUGCAUCCACAGCUGAACGCAUUCACGCCCUCUGACAUUUGCUGGGCUUUCGCAUUGUACAUGGAGUCUCUAGCGAGUCUCCCACAGCUUUUCAUGUUCCAAAGGGAAGGCAAGGUACUCUUCUUGUGUAAGUACCUGUACUACUGUAGUUGUAUCUGUUUUUCGUUGUCGUUGUAUCUUCAAAAAUAUUUUCUGCUAGAAUCUCUAUCUAUCAACUCAACAACCUAACUGGAGGACCAAGCCGUCCUCACUACAACUACACAAAACAAAACUAAACUACAUACCAAAGGUUCACCCGUGGACUGCGCAUUUCCUAGCAGCGCAGGUUAUGUCGAAGGUUGCAAACUUUAUCUUUUGGACUAGCAGUUUCAGCGAACUGCAGGAUCCUCGACACCUGCCGUCAAAGUACUUCAUCGGCUAUUGGGUCCUCAUUGUGCAGGGUUUCCAGAUUCUGCUCAUGGGUGACUUCAUCCUGCAGUACACUCGUUGCGUCUCGAUGGGCGUAUCGGUUAGCAGACUCCUCACUGAGGAGGUGUAA